GGUAAUAUUAUCUUCAAAACUUUGACAAUGGUACAUUUGCCUCUCUAUAUAAUUUCCUCCGCGGCCUUCUCUCUUCUUCCUUGUGGCACCCACCCUUUCUCUGCUUUACUCUUUUUCGAAGGGUUCCUUCAGGCGUUCUUUUCGAAGUUGUGGUUUUUUAGGAAGAUGAAUCAUUGCAAUCUUCAGCAGAACGCCGCCGUCUCGGCUUAUGAAGAGAUGAGAGGGUUGAUCUCGAUCUCUGAUCACCAAAAGGGCGGCUCCGUUGUUUGCCCUAAGCCUCGGCGAAUUGGGGUUCUGGCCAAUAACCCUAUCAGAUCCUUUAGAUUGCAUAUGAGUUAUCAAGCCGAGGUAAACGAUUCAAAAGCCGGUGCUGAGCUUCUAGAUAUCAUUCUCAAGAAGGAGGAUUUGGGGACACAACAAUCUGCAACACAGUUAGCAUCAUCACCUCCAUUUUUUUGUGGGUCGCCUCCAAGUAGGGCUGAAAACCCACUUGUGCAAGAUGCUCGAUUUGGUGACGAAAGACUCGCAGCGCUUUCACAAAUUCCAUCCCCAUCGUCUCCAUCAUCAUCAUCAUCAGCACGUAAAGGAGGGUGUGUUAGGAUGAAAUUUGGCCUUAAACCGGCCGCGGUUAGAGUAGAAGGAUUUGAUUGCCUUAACAGGGAUCGCCAAAAUUCCAGCAUCCCUGCUAUGGCUUAGAACUUAAAUUAAAACCCAAGUGUACAUAGAAGGGAGCUAAAUGCCACCAUUUCAGCAACCAAAGCAGGCUUAACAAGGAGGGAAUUUUGGAUAUUUUUGGGGAAGAAUGAGAGGGAAAAGAGAUCAUUUCUGUCUAGUAGUGUAUAUAAGAUGUGUUUUUUGGUCAGUUAAACCGAUUCGAUUUGCUAAUAGCUCUGUAAGUAGUUUGAUUGAAGGGAAGACAAGUGAAGAAAGGUUUGACUUAUGCUGGGAUUGAGCAAUGAUCAUUUUGUAAUAUAUAUAUGAGGGUUAGUAUUGGUAGAGGGUGGAUUGAUAUUUGAUUUUGGAGAUCACCAUGGAAAAAAAUGGAAACUCUGUAUAGAUAGUGUUGGUGAUUGAAUUUUGCUCACUCUGUAAAUGUAUUCUGGUAAUUUUCAAAUUUCCUUGUUCUUGUGAACAUGUGUAUAAUAUUUAUGUUUAUUAUCACGUAUUAGAUUCUGAAUU